AGCAGGCAGCUCAACUUCAGCUGCCCUGGCACUUCAGGCACCCUUGCCACAGACUUUAAACCAAGCCCUAGCUCAGCUCCAGACAUUCACAACACCCCUGGCAGCACCAUGAGCCCAGGAGUUUUCCUCCUCCUGGGCCUUCUCAUCCUCAGGGCAGAGCCGAGCAUAACACCAGAGAAGGGCGGGGACCUGCAGAAACCGGGGAGGUGUCCACGGGACUUCAUGCGCUGCUUGCGCCUGGAUUCCCCACUCUGUGCCAAUGACUCCAGCUGCCCCGCUGGGCUCAAGUGCUGCCACUGGGAGUGCCGGCUCCGCUGCAUCCCCCCGGCAGAAGAGAAGCCCGGUGCCUGCCCGGCAGCAGCCCCGGAGAGGCUCAUUGCCGCCUGCUCCUUCCCCUGCCUGGAGGACAAGGACUGCCUGGGAACGCAGAAGUGCUGCCCGCUGGGCUGCGGCUCUGCCUGCUUGGAGCCGGCGCAGGACCAGCCCAAGCCCAGCGAGGGCCCCACGGUGCAGCCAGGACCAUUCCGGGAGCGGUGCCGAGAUGACGGCGACUGCCCCGACGCGCAGAAAUGCUGCAACAGCAGCUGUGGCCAGCAGUGCCUGCCGGGAGCCCCGGCCGAGGACACCAGCCCUGCCCCAGUCACUCAAAGGCCACUGCAGCACAAGUGGGGAUGCCUCAAGGACCAGGACUGUCCCCCAUUCCAUGUGUGCUGCCACCAGCUGUGCACCAGGCACUGUGGGGCAAAGAGCCAAGGGAAGGACGGAUUCUGCCCAGCCCGUGCCGGGCUGUUCCCCAGUUACGACUGCAGAGCCUGGUGCCGGCACGAUGGCGACUGUCCCCGCAAGGAGAAAUGCUGCCUCCGUGGCUGCGAUUAUGUCUGCCUGCCCCCAUCCCGAGAGAAACCAGGCAUCUGCCCGCUGGCCGAGGAGGCUCCGCUGGCCCCGUGUGGCAUCACCUGCACCGAGGACUGGCAGUGCCCGGGGGCUGAGAAGUGCUGCGGCAGCAGCAGAUGUGGCUACGUGUGCUCAGCCCCCGAACCAGACAAACCCGGUGAGUGCCCAAAGGUGAGGCCACACCACUCAUCGGAACCGUGCACGGAGAUGGAUUCCUGCAGCCACGACAGGGACUGCUCCCGGCAGGAGAAGUGCUGCUUCUCUGGCUGCGCCAUGCACUGCACCCGCCCUGCCCGAGAGCACCCCGGAGAGUGCCCCCGGGCAGAGCCGUGCUGGGACACGCGGCGCCGGCGAGGGAGCCAGUGCCUGGAUGACAGCGUCUGCCGGCGACAGGAGAAGUGCUGUGACACCGGCUGUGGCUGGGAGUGCGUGGCCGUACCCAGAGCCAGCGGGGACAAAGCUGAUGGUCAGUGUGUGGAGGAGUGCCAGACUGAUUCACAGUGUCCCCGGGGACAGCGGUGCACCAGCAUCAGCUGUGGCCACAUCUGCAUGGACAUCCCUGGAGGCAGAGUGGGAGUGUGCCCCAUCCCCAGGGAGGGCGGCACGUGCUUGGACCUGUGCAACUUCGACGAGGAGUGUCCCUGGGGCCAAAAGUGCUGCAGUAAUGGCUGUGGCCACGUCUGCAUGCCAGCCUCUCUGCGAGAGCAUGACACUGUGACUGUGCCCCGGCCCAGUGCUGAGCGGUGCUCAGAGGAGUGUGAGGCCGACUCGCAGUGUCCCUGGGAACAGAGGUGCACCCGCACCUCCUGCGGCCGUGUCUGCGUGGACACUCCUGGAGAUGCUGCGUGAUGGGAGAGCAGCUCCUCUGCAGCAGGAAAAUGCCUUCAUUAGGGGACAUGGGACAGUCACGAGCCCCACCUGGCCUGUCCCCUCCCCACCACUUCCAGCAAUAAAGCGUGUGCUUGACUGCC